AUGUCAUCCGACAGGAAGAACCGAGUGUCUCAGAAAGCGCCGCGGUCGCCUUUUCAACACGCCUCCAAAUUCGACAUAGAUCAAUUCCCGUCGAGCUUCAAGAAUGAUACGCAGCGACGAGGUCCUCCCCGUUCCGGCAGUCUAGCAGCAGCAUACCACAUUGCGUCCAAACAAAACAUGCCUUUCACUGCCAAAGAUUUAAGCCCACAGGCAACAACACCCAGCCCGCGCCAGAAGCGUCACUCAAUGAACGCGUUCACUUCGACGUCCCCAAACUCCCCUCCGCCUGACGAAAUCAUGGACUCCUACAGACAGAUUGAAGAAGACGGCACCCUGGCCAAGUUUGUGCGCGAGGAUUCUUGGGGAUCAAGGGCCCGCUCCCCAGGUCGACUGAGUCGCUCGUCUUCACGCGCACAGGAGGCGAGUCGGGCAUUCGGGUCCCCAGAAGGGAAUUCCAUAUCCGGUGCCAGUCUCAAUGGUGAUCUCGGCGCGUACCGACCUCCCAGGGCUAGAGAUUAUACCGAGGACGAGAAGCGUCUCAAUCGCGUUACGAAGAAGGGCUCGCCGGUCUUCAGCAGGGCGCAUAUGGGACGAUCCCCUUCGUUGACAGCGGACAAUCUACAAAGACGCGAACAAGAGGAGCUUGAGGUGGAACAACAUAUCGUGGAGGAUGAUGCCGGUCGAGGUCCUUCGCUGAAUCUACCAUCUAGCUGGGGCAGUCGCGCCAAUUACCCUCACGACUGGCAGAGGAAAACCAGUCAGCCCAGUGUUUCCGAGAAAAAGGAGGAAACUAGGCCGUCGAAUCGUUACUCGGCGCCUACCACGAAUGGGGAACGCGACCCGAUAGCCAGGCCUGCUCGCACGUCUCCUCGUUCUCCGGUGCGGAACGGUCUUCCUGCUAGGGGUGUUCUUGAAGAACGCACCGCUAACUCUCAUAAUCAGGCUCCGAAAGAAGAUCUAGCGUGGAAACAACCUCCGUCCAAGCCCGUUUUUCCUACUGGCGACGGCAAUUCCAUUCCCAACAGCCCUGUUACUGUGUUCAAGAGCGACACCGCGUACGAAGGCUCGAAGUUUACGCGACCUAGUCCUAGCAAGCGAGGUUCAAGAGAUUUGCUGCGGAGGCUGUCCAGAGUUGAGACACCCAAGCCUGAUCAUAUGAAGACUCCUCAGCCAUCGAACUUUUUCGGUGGUAAAAUCUACGACCAGACACCGCGGGUAACUGGCGCAUGGAUUGAUACUCCCGUGACUGAGCGAGUGGCAGAUCGGGUUCCUGAACUCCCUGAAGAUUUGACUAGAGACAUUGUUCCUCCACGGGCAGCAAGUGAAUCCAAGACCGUUACACCGCCUGUAAAGUCAGCGGAAACUGCUACAUCGACGCCUGAAGAGACAAAACCAAUUGAAAGCAAACAAGAGGAGCCUCUUCCUGAGUCAAAAUCGGAGAAACAAUCAAGAGCCCCAUUGCCCCGACCACAUCUGCCAAAAAGUGCGCUGGAAACUGUCAUUGAAGAUGCAAGCUCGGGCAAGGACGAUGAAUUCGGGAAUGAUACCCUGGAGUCUCUCCGAGGUAUGAUGGAUGACGAAGAUGGACCAGCCGAGCUCAAAGUCGAAGAAGAAGACGAAGAGGCCUAUGAAAAAGCAGUCCUCGAGAAACUCGCACGGUCAGACUCAGCACAAAAAGGCCAGGUCGACCUGGGUUCCGUUAACGACAAGCUGAACUCACUCAUGCGACACAUCAGUGAAGUCAAGAAAGGACUCGACGGUCUCGAAGGCCAAGUCAACAGAGCCACGACCAUUUCGAAAUCAAGUUCUACCCCAGAGAAGAGCAGCAAACAGCCAUCACACAUCCACACAGAUGAAACUUGCAAAGACUGCGGUACACACUCCGAUGGGCGAGUAUACGCCGCACUGCCUGUUCCCCGAUUGUGGAAGCGGGACCCAACAUCUGGACGCCUUCAAAUGACAAAACUCGGCUGGUUUACUCUCAUUUCAUUAUCGUGGUAUAUCCUCGAAUGCCUCAUGUGCGAACAUUUCAGCCGGCCUGAAAUAACAGAUAAAUGCGAGGGCUAUUGUCUCCGUCCCGAUGCACCCUCCUUCCCGCUGGUGACAGUGACGAUGCUGUGGCGCUGGUCACAUCUUUCGACACUUCUCACACCUAUCUUUGCUAUUUGCGUUUUUGUCUUCCGGCUGUUCACACAAUUGCUGGGCUUUUCGGAUGGAUAUGUGGAGGAGACACCCCAGCUUGCGGGUCUUGUUGGUGAAAUUCGUAUCAAUGGAACGCCUGUUGCUUUUCCCUGGUUGUCGGCGCCGACAGCUCAGGCUGUUGCUCAUGAGCCUAAGCAGUCAAUUGAACAUGUGCGGCCUGUGCAGCCUGUUCAAUCCGUGUGGCCACCUCGGGAUGCGUAUCAACAACAGCGGUGGGAGGAGGACCAAGCGUCGAUGGAUGACGAUGAAGUCCUUUGA